AUGUCUCGUCAAAUAAUAUUUGGUAUUGACUUAGAGACAAUUGUAACAACACAAAAUCAAGCAGCAUUUAUAUCAGAGGUACCAAAAAUUGUAGCACAAGUAAUCGAAUGGUUAGAUAAAUUUAAUGCUGUAAAUGAAGAAGGUAUUUUCAGAAUUCCAGGUAAUGGUGUAACAAUUCAAGAAAUUAAAAAAAGUUUUGAUGAAGGUAAAGGUGAUUUAUCAAAAUUUAAUUCUUCAGAUAUUCAUUCAGUUGCUGGUGUUUUAAAAUUAUAUUUAAGAGAAUUACCAGAACCAUUAUUUAUUUGGAGAUAUUAUUCAACAUUUAUUAAAGUUAUAAAAAAUCCUGAUCAUUUACAAAGAGCAUUACAUUUAAGAAUGUUAUGUUAUGGAUUACCAAAAGUAAAUAGAGAUCUAGUAUUAAGUUUAAUGGUAUUUUUAAAUAAAAUUUCAUUAAAUAAUAGAGUUAAUAAAAUGACAAGUCAAAAUUUAGCUACAGUAUUUGCACCAAACAUUUUAAGACCACAAAAAGAAACUUUAAAUCAAAUUAUGGAAGAUUCUGCUUAUGUAACUAGUAUUAUAAAAACUUUUGUUGAUGAAAUUUCUUUUAUAUCAAAACAAUCAAAUCAUUUAUCAACAUCAAUUGAUGAUAUACCAUCGGUAUCAUUACCAAAAUCACCAUCAAAUUAUUCAGUGUCAUCAGGAGGUGAUUCAGUAUCAUCAUUAGAGGAAGAGAAUUUAUAUGCUACAGCUUUAUAUCCAUAUCAAGCAAGUGGACAAUGGCAUUUACCAUUUAAAAAGGAUGACAAAAUUGUAUUAUUAGAUAUUAAAUCAGAGGAAGGUUGGUUAAAGGGUGAAUUAAAUGGAAAGAUUGGUUAUUUCCCAGCAUCAUAUGUAGAGAUUAUUGCAAUUCCACCACCAGUUGGUACACCACAAACUUUAAUUCCAAUUCCAGAUUUUGAUUCACAACAAGAUCUUUCAACAAUUUCUUCACCAAUUUUAUCAUCAAGUACAACUUCAAGUUCUUCUUCAAUUUCAACUGAUAGUAAUUUAAGUAGUAAUAAUAAUAAUAAUAAUAAUAAUAACAACAAUAAUAGUACACCAAUUUUAUCAUCAACUUCAACUACAACAACAACUACUACAACAAUUAAUAAUAAUAAUUCAAAUAAUACAUUUCAACCAAUUUCUGUAUCAAAGUCUUCAUCAUUUUCAAAAUCAACCAUUUCAACUAAUCCAUCAUCAAAAUCAAGUUCAAAUUUAUUAAUUUCAAAUCCACCACCAGUUAAUAAAUCGACGACAACAGCAACAUCAUCAUCACCAGAUAUAACUAAAAUAAUAGGUGCACCACCAAAUAAAUUAACAGCACCACCACCACUUGUACCACCAACUUUUACAGCACCACCACCACUUUCAGCUCCACCACCAUUAAUUUCACCAACUAGUACAUUAACAUCAUCUUCAAAUACAGCAUUUACAGCACCACCAACAACUUCAACGACAAAUGGAGGUAAUAGUCCAUCAGGUAGUUCAUUAAAUAUAGGUGGUGGCGGUAAUAAUAGUAGAGCAGGGUCAUUCCUUCAAUCAAAUAUAGGUGGAGGUGGUAGUAAUACUACAUCACCAGAUUUAAGUAAAAUUAUGUCAACAACACCAAAACUUUCAUUUAGUAGUGGUAUUAUGAUGCCACCGUCAUUAGGUAUACCACCACCAUUAUUACCAUCAAAAUUUUUAGGUAACCUUUCAAGUAGUAGUGGUAAUAUUUCACCACCAAUUAGUAAUAGUGGUGGUAGUAGAAAUGGUUCAUUUUUAGAUUCACCACCACCACCACCACCAUUAUCAAUUCCACCAACUCCUCUUCAAAAUAUACCACCACCAUUACAAAAUAUACCGCCACCAAUAACAACACCAACUAAAACAACAACCACCACUGUAAGAUCAAAUUCACCAUCAUUAUUACCAAUCGAUUUAGCAAAUUUACCACCACCACCAUUUUCACCAUGUUCACCUGAACCACCACAAAUUCAAAAUUUAAAUAUAAAUACCGAUUUACCACCACCUCCACCACCACCAAAUUUUAUUGAUAAUGCAACUACCACAACAACAACAACAGAUGAUGAAGAUAGUAAUAAUAGUAAUUUAAAUAUAUAUAAUUUACCACCACCAAUAUUUAAUAUUGGUGAUAUUGAUUUUAAAAAUUUUGAAAAUGGUGAAUUAGCACCAAUGGAUAUUAGUUUUAUACCAUUACCACCACCAUUACCAGCGGUUGUACCAGCAAAUAUACCACCACCACCACCUCCACCACCUAAAAAAUUAGAUCGUAAAGAUUCAUAUAUUCAUAAGAAAAAGAUGUCACAAGAGAAAGAGAAUGAAAUUAAAAAGAAGAGAAGAGAAAGAGCCGAAGAAACUUUAACAACCGAACAAACCUAUGUAAAACAAUUAACUGUAGUAUACGAUAACUUUAUAGAACCAUAUAAAAAGACUCAAAAAUGUCAUGGUUUAACAGGUGAAGAAUUUAUGGAUAUUUUCAAUUGUCUUGAGGUGAUUCUAUCAAGUCAUAAAACAAAUUUACUUAAACCAAUUGAAGAUAGAAUGUUAGUAUGGGAUAGUAAACCUCAAAUGGGUGAUAUCUUUUUAAAUAAUACUUCAUUCAUUAAAUUGUAUAAACAUUAUGUAAACAACUAUGAUAAAUCAAUUCGUACAUUGAAACAAUGUAAAGAGAAAUACGAUGGUUUUAAAACAUAUAUGGCCUCUUUGGAUUAUAGUGAAAAACUUUCAAAUCUAUCAUUGGAGUCUUUCUUAAUUCUUCCAAUCCAACGUUUACCACGUUAUGUUAUGUUGUUGCAAGAUCUUUUGAAAUAUACAGCCAAUGAUCAUGAGGAUUUCAAUCAACUUUGUGAAGCACUUUCAACCAUUAAAGAUUUAACCGAAUCAAUUAACACCAAAAAAUCAGAGGAAGACAAUAAUACUAAAAUCUUACAAGUUCAAGAACAAAUCAAAGAUAUGCCACCAAAUACAAUGACACUUCGUAAGAGAUUCGUCACAGAGGGUGCAUUAACUUUGAAAAAAGAUAAAUAUUAUGUAUUCCUAUUCACUGAUGCUAUGAUUCUCACUAAACCUGGUAAAGAGAAAAAGAAAUUUAAAAAUAUUAUUAACCUUUCAACCGCUUCAUUAAAUACAACCGAUGAACAAAAUGUAUUAAAAGUUAUAAGUCAAGAAGGUACUUUUAAAUUCUCAACUGAUAAUCCAGCUGAACGUGAACAUUGGGUUAAAGAUAUUAAAGAUGCAAUUGAUACAGCUAGACAAGAUUUAAUUCAAACUGCAUUUGGUGAAUCAACCACUCUCAAUGAGGGUAGUAAAGGUUUUAAUAAGAUUCAAGAUGAAAAGAAUAUGUUAAAGAAACAAAAAUUAGCUCAAGAAUUAGCAUUGAGUGAGGAGGAGUAUGUCGAUUCCCUAACUUAUAUUUACAAUGUUUUCUUACAACCAAUUAAAAAAUCAAUCGAUACUCCAAAUCAAUUGGUAAGCUAUCAAGAAAACUUGGAAAUCAGUAGUAAUUUUGAAACACUUUUCUCUUGUCAUAAAACUUUCCUCAUCGCUUUGAAAGAACGUAUCGCCGAAUGGGAUUCUAAACCACUCAUGAGUGAUAUCUUUAUGGAGAAAGCUGGUUUCUUAAAAUUGUACAAUUAUUACGUUCAAAAUCAUACUCGUUCACUUCAAGUCUUGGAACAUUGCAUUGAAAAGUAUCCUUUGUUUGCAAUUCAUCUCAAACGUAUCGAAUCCGAUCAAAAUACCGAACUUAAAGUAUUGUUAGCUCAACCAUUACGUAGAGUCUCUAAAUACUAUUUGGUCCUUCGUGAAAUUCUUCAAUACACUCGUCCAAAACAUGAUGAUUACGAUGCUUUAAAUCGUGUAGUAGCUAAUCUAAAAGAUCAAACCGAUAAAUUUAAUGCAAAUUCAACCUCUCAAAUGUCUGCUGAAGCUGGUUCAAAAUCACCUUCCCAAAAAUAUAAAACUAUUAAAUUAACUAAAAAUUCUAAACAACCUUCACAAUUCUUUGUUUAA